CGCUAAUUGGAAACACCUGAGCAGCUUCCGGUGUGGCGCCACUUUAAGUUUUCUUUCGUCACUAAACAAGGUGACGUGGUUUAAUAUGACUCACUACGGACGUGAGUUUAUGUGAAUGGAUGUUAGGAGUCAUGGAGAAUGUCAUCACCGUCAAGAGGCCGCUUCUGUCCUCACGUGAUCUCAGGUUUAUUUUUAGGAUUACAGACGGAGACGUGGCUCCAGACUCUGCCAAAACUGGAAGGUGAGGAUGCUGCGGAACAGUGAUGAAGAGAGGAACUGACAGACAUCACUUCCAUGGGUGAUAAUGCGGGAUCACACGUCUGGUGCUAAUGUGGAGGAGCUGCUGAGACAGUCUCAGAUGGAGCUGCAGUGGAUCCAGAGACAGCUGGCCAUGAUCGCUGCCAGAAACAUACACCAUCAUCACCUGCACAGCAAGGCCAAGCUAAGGUAUGAGGUUUCAUCCCAGCAAGCUGCAGGCCAAUCGGUCCAAAGUGUGAACCGUUUCCGACUGCUGGAGGAAAGAAAUCGAGCUCUGAAGCUUGAAGUCACCACGCUUCGCCAAGAAAAACUGCAAUACAGGAAACUGAAAGCAAAGCUCCAUGCUGCCUUGCAGGAGAAAAAUCGUUUGAACCUUGAGCUUAUCAACAACCACCUGCAGGCAUCUAAGUAUGAACAGGUGCGAUCAGACUAUGACCAGCUGAGACAGACCUUUGCUGUAGUGAGCCAGGAGAGAGACGUGGCCCAGCAGCAGAGGAGCCAACUCCAAGGCAAAGUGGAGAACCUGGAACAGGUUCUAAAGCAUAUGCACGAGGCUGUCGAGCUGAAGCAGCAGCUGCAGAUAGAGCAUGAGCGAGCCUUGGUGGCCCUUCACACCAAGCAGAAGGAGAUCAAUCAACUGCAAACGGCUUGGGUGCAAGCUGACCAAGAGCAUGAGGAAGCAGUUCACCUGUUAGAGAACAAUAAGGACAGAAUGUUUCAGGUCAAGGUUCAUGACCUGGAGCAGAAAUGCAGGUCACAGAGUGAGCACUUCCACCAGCUGUCCAAAGAGCUGCUGAAUUUCAGUUUGCAACCAGAUACCGUGGACAUCCUUAAGAUUAAUCCCACCUCCACAUCCCAGAUCCAGAAGAAACUCCCACAGGUCAUCGUUGGAUUUGAAGAGCAACCAGAGACAGGCGAUGAGAACGCGACACACACACCGCUACUGAUCUCCCAGUUCUUAUCCUGCACAACGGAGACUGGAGACAAAGAACGACCAGAACUGCGGGCUAUCAAAUCUAGCACCGUGACGACGGACCGUCCCAGCAGCCCUCGACAGCUGACCCCAUCAGAGAUGGAGGAUGAGGCCACCCCAUCACCCAGGUCCAAGCCUCGCUACACAGGCCAGGUCCGCCUUUGCACUGCCCGCUACAGUUAUAAUCCUUAUGAUGGACCAAACGAGCAUCCCGAAGCAGAGCUCCCCCUUGUGGCUGGAAAGUAUCUGUACGUGUAUGGAAACAUGGACGAUGACGGCUUCUACCAAGGGGAGCUGCUGGAUGGCCAGCGUGGACUUGUCCCCUCCAACUUCGUGGAGUUUGUCCAGGACAAGGAAAAACCCUCUGGAGAGGGAGGGGAAAACCUGGGCCCACUGGACCAUGUUGGACCCCUGGCCUUGAUGGCAGUAGACGGAGGAGCCUCCCAGGACGGCCUCCUGGGCUCAGCUAAUGCCUUGGUUCCCUGUAGCAAUGGGACAGGGGGGCCAUUUGACCCGGAGGACCUGGCUGAAGAUGUUGUGCCUUAUCCCCGAAAGAUAACUUUGAUCAAGCAGCUGGCACGGAGCGUCAUUGUGGCCUGGGAGCCUCCACUAGUGCCUUUGGGCUGGGGGAACAUCUCUGGCUACAACGUGUUAGUAGACGGGGAACUCCGUGCCAGUGUACAGUACGGUGGCCGAACCAAGUGUUUGCUGGAGAAGCUCGACCUGGACGGUUGCGUCCAUCGGGUGUGUGUGCAGUGCGCCACUGACCGGGGCUUGUCAGAUGAGCUGCGGUGCACCUUGCUGGUGGGAGCCAACGUGGUCGUGGCGCCAUGUGGUCUACGGGUGGAUGACAUCCAGCGUGACACUGCCGAGCUAUCCUGGUUGCCUAGCAACAGUAACUAUGGCCACACUGUGUUCUUGGACGGGGCAGAGCACGCGGUGGUAAAGCCAGGAAGGUAUAGACUACGCUUCCUCAACCUGAAGCCCCUGACGGUGUACAAAGUCACGGUGUUGGCACAGCCGCACCAAGUGCCAUGGCAACUGCCGCUGGAACAGAGAGAGAGGAAAGAAGCUGGUGUGGAGUUCUGCACUCAGGCUGCAGGUCCAACACCAUAUUGCAGAACAGGCCCUCCCCAGCCUCCCCAUGAUGUCCGGGUGCUCUGUGGGCAGGCUCCGGGGGUCCUGCAGGUCUGCUGGAAGCCUCCCAUCCUCUCUCCCACAGGCACGUCGAAUGGGGCAAAUGUCAUCGGAUACGCAGUGUGCACUAAAGGACAGAGGAUAGCUGAGGUGUUGUUCCCAAUGGCAGACUAUGUCACUGUGGAGCUAACAAGGAUUCAGUGCCUGGAGGCCAGGGAAGUCAUCGUCAAGACGCUGUCAGUACAGGGAGAAUCCCAGGACUCACACGUCGCCGUCAUUCCAAACAACCUGCUUGUGCCUCUACCUCCGAUCCCCCUGCCACCGCCAAUGCACCCCCACGCAGGCCCCCCUCCCCACCACCAUGUUCAACCCCACCUCCAGUCCCCUCACCACCCUCACGCCGCGCCUCAACUUCCUGCUCCACCCCAGGCACACGGACAACCACUCCCACCUCAUGCCCAACACCCUCAACCCCAUCCCAGACUUCCUCAUCCAGGUGGACCUCCGCAACCCCAGCUCCGACUCCCACAUCCUCAGCCGCAGCCCCUACAUCUUCAGCCUCGCCCACCCCACCAAGGUCCCAGGCCCCAGCACCAACUGCCUCUGCUGCCCCACCACCAACCCCACCCUGUACCUCAGAGACCAGUAAGUGCCAGAGACCUGGAUGCCAAAGAGCAUGCUGCCCACCAUGGAGGAGCUAUCCCACCUGGUCAGCCUGGUUGGGAGCCCACACGCUCGCCUUCCUCCCAGCCUCCUGGGCCCAUGCAAGGCCACACCCUCGAGGCCCCUCCCCCUGGCAAUCCACGCUCCCCCUCCCCUCAGAGGAUUCUUCCGCAGCCCCGAGGCACGCUCAUCCCUGACACCGUGGCCAAAGCCAUCGCCCGGGAAGCGGCACAGAGGGUAGCAGCAGAAAGUGGCAAGGGUGACAGGAGGCCAGGCAGGUACGGAGAGCAGGGUCAUUCAUUUUACCAGCAUCACUCUGAUGAGGAAGAGGAGGAUGAGGAAGGGUUUGCGCGUGGCCGUCGGAGAGGACCCUCUGUUGAUGAGUUUCUCAGGGGCUCUGAGCUGGGGAGGCCGCCUAACUAUAGUCACAAUGAAGAUUAUCACAGCGAAAGCAGCCGGGGCUCUGACCUGUCUGACAUCAUGGAAGAGGAUGAGGAGGAGCUGUACUCUGAGAUGCAGCUGGAAGAGGGACGUCGACGCAACUCGCACAACACACCCAAGACAAACACCCCGGGUGGGGGCAGUCAUAACCGGGAGGCGGGGAGAAGAAUUCACCAUCAUGGCGGUCCUCAACCUCAGAGACGACCUCUAAUGGUCCCCUCCAUUGAGGUAACCUCUGAGAAUAACAGUGAGGGAAACCUCUCCCCCAUCACCGAGGAUGUUUACUAUGGCAAAGUAGCCCGCCACAGGACAUGGUCAUCCCGCAGGCACAUGGGCGGCACCAGGUCUCCCCAUGAUGGAUACAGAGAUCGCCGCUCUCCCACGUACUAUGACGAGUCAGAGACUGAGGAGUCGUUCCGGAUCUUUGUGGCCCUCUUUGACUACGAUCCUCUCUCCAUGUCACCUAAUCCCGACGCAGCUGAUGAGGAGCUGCCCUUCAAAGAGGGGCAGAUCAUUCGGGUGUAUGGUGAUAAAGACACAGACGGGUUCUACAGAGGAGAAGUGAGGGGCAGGAUGGGGCUGAUCCCCUGUAACAUGGUGUCGGAGAUACGAGCGGAGGACGAGGAAACCAUGGACCAGCUCAUCAAACAGGGUUUCCUGCCACUCAGCACCCCUGUGGACAGAAUAGAGCAGAACAGGAGAGGCCUCCGUCGAGAUCAGGCCUCGAGGAGGAUGGUGGCUCUGUACGACUACGACCCCCGAGAGAGCUCCCCUAAUGUUGAUGUCGAGGCUGAGCUGACCUUCUGUGCUGGCGACAUCAUCGCUGUGUUUGCCGACAUCGAUGAAGACGGGUUCUAUUACGGUGAGAUGAACGGCCACCGUGGUCUGGUUCCCUCUAACUUCCUGGAAGAAGUGCCUGAUGACGUGGAGGUGUAUCUGACCGAUACUCCGUCCCACUACCCCCAGGAAGAGCCUGCCAACCGGCCGCCCGCCAACUCUGCUGCCGCCAUCCCAGAGGGCAAACGGGUCACCACAGAAACCUCCGACACGGCCAACAACAACGGCGCCACGCCCGUCCGAGCGCCGUCCCCCAUCGUCCGCCCUCUCCUGCCGGGCACCAUGAGGCCCCUCAGCCCCAUGAGGGGCCCCCACGUCCCACUGGACCCCCGGGACCCUCAAGACAUGGCCAACAAGAAGAAGAAAGGACUACUUUCCAAGGGGAAGAAACUGCUGAAGAGACUCUCCCCUGUGAAAUAAAAAAACAAAGCAUAUAUGUAGAAUAUGUGCACAGGCCAGGCUCUGUAUCAUGCAUCCAUACAAUCAACAGAGAGGAUGCACACUGAGUCUGUUUAUUCAAAUAUAACCAGUGAUACAAUU